AUGAUUCCUACGGCAUUUCAAUCAGCAAACAAGUUACUAGCAGUCGAAACUAGAGCGAAAACCUUGGCCAUUUACAGAUCUCUAUUACGAUCUUGCCAAUCAUUCACUUAUAAGAACACAAUGAAAAGGAUUAUAACCGAAAAAUUCAAAGCGAACAGGCAUAUGACUUCCCGCCCCCAAGUUUUGAAAAUGUUGCAGGAAGCUGAUAAGGUAUGUUUACAGUUUCUAUAUCUCUAG